CUUCUGUUUUAGGAUGUUGCACUGCGUCUUUGCCGGCAUACUGAUUCUGAUGCCUGUUGGCAUGAGCCCCCUGCUCCUAGCAGGAUCACCGCGAACUCUUCUUCUUCCUCUUCAACCAGUUGCUCCAGCUCCAUUUGGGCCCGGACGUGUCUUGUUCCCAGGCACAGGGCAUACAUUCCGAGCAAUUCUGCCUGGUGUGGUUGACACAGUAGUUCCGGUUGCAGUCUCUGCUGGCGCAGUGGUGCUCGUCCGCUACCUUGUCGUAAAUUGUGUUUGCUCUUGAUGUUCUGACUGGACUCAGGCGGCGUGUGUGGGUGAUCAGGCGAGAGCUCCCUCCGGGUGAUGGUAAAGAGUCAGAGGCUGACUUUGAAGAAUUCAUACCCGGUCAGUUGACGUGGUCACCCCUAUGCCAACAAUGGUGACUUUGUCUAGAGCAAUCCUGGGUCAGUAGGGACAACCGGGCAAUGACGAGACGGAG